GGCACUCGAGGACCGGGGCAUCGCCGGGGAGGGGGACUGGAGAGCCGCGCCCGCCGCGCGCAGCGCCCCUUCCCGCCCCCUGCACCAUGAGCUGGGGCACCGAGCUCUGGGAUCAAUUUGACAACUUAGAGAAGCACACGCAGUGGGGAAUCGACAUUCUCGAGAAAUACAUCAAAUUUGUGAAGGAAAGGACGGAGAUUGAGCUCAGCUAUGCAAAGCAACUCAGGAAUCUUUCCAAGAAAUACCAACCGAAGAAGAACUCGAAGGAGGAGGACGAGUACAAGUACACGUCCUGCAAGGCCUUCCUUUCCACCCUGAACGAGAUGAACGACUACGCGGGGCAGCACGAGCUCAUCUCGGAGAACAUGACGGCGCAGAUCAUGGUGGACCUGGCUCGCUACGUGCAGGAGCUGAAACAGGAGAGGAAAUCGAACUUCCACGAUGGGCGGAAGGCACAGCAGCACAUAGAGACCUGCUGGAAGCAGCUCGAGGCGAGCAAGAGGCGGUUUGAGCGCGACUGCAAAGAGGCCGACCGAGCCCAGCAGUACUUCGAGAAGAUGGACGCCGACAUCAACGUCACCAAGGCCGACGUGGAGAAGGCCCGGCAGCAAGCGCAGGUGCGGCACCAGAUGGCAGAGGACAGCAAAGCCGACUACUCCGCAGUCCUGCAGAAGUUCAACCAGGAGCAGCACGAGCACUACCACACCCACAUCCCCAGCAUCUUCCAGAAAAUACAAGAGAUGGAGGAGAGGCGGAUCGUGCGGCUGGGGGAGUCCAUGAAGAUGUACGCCGAGGUGGACCGGCAGGUCAUGCCCAUCCUCGGAAAGUGCCUGGACGGCAUCGUGAAGGCGGCCGAGUCCAUCGACCAGAAAAACGACUCCCAGCUGGUCGUCGAAGCUUACAAGUCCGGCUUCGAGCCGCCGGGCGACGUGGAGUUCGAGGACUAUACCCAGCCCAUGCAGCGCGCCGUGUCCGACCACAGCCUGUCCAGCUCGCGAGGGGAGGGCAAGCCGGAGCCCAAGUUCGCGGGCAAAUCCAAGGGGAAGCUCUGGCCGUUCAUCAAGAAAAAUAAGCUUGUGUCCCUUUUAACAUCCCCCCGUCAGCCUCCCCCCCCGCCCCCUGCCUCUGCCUCACCCUCUGCUGUUCCCAACGGCCCCCAGUCUCCCAAGCAGCCAAAGGAACCCCUCUCCCAUCGCUUCAACGAGUUCAUGACCUCCAAACCCAAAAUCCACUGCUUCAGGAGCCUAAAGCGUGGGGGCGCCACGCCGGAGGACUUCAGCAACCUCCCGCCCGAGCAGAGGCGGAAGAAGCUGCAACAGAAAGUGGACGAGCUCAACAAGGACAUUCAGAAGGAGGUGGAUCAGAGAGACGCCAUAACAAAGAUGAAGGACGUGUACCUGAGGAACCCUCAGAUGGGGGACCCGGCCAGUCUGGACCACAAACUGGCGGAAGUCAGCCACAACAUCGAAAAGCUGCGGCUGGAGGCGCAGAAGUUCGAGGCCUGGCUGGCGGAGGUGGAAGGGCGGCUCCCGGCCCGCAGGCAGAGCGGGCUGUACGACAGCCAGACGGCCCCGGCCGUCAACAACUGCGCGCAGGACCGCGAGAGCAGCCCGGAUGGCAGCUACACGGAGGAGCAGAGCCAGGAGAGCGAGGUGAAGGUGCUGGCCCCCGACUUCGACGACGAGUUUGACGACGAGGAGCCAUUGCCCGCCAUCGGCACCUGCAAGGCGCUCUACACGUUCGAAGGCCAGAACGAAGGGACCAUCUCUGUGGCCGAAGGAGAGACGCUGUACGUCAUUGAGGAGGACAAAGGCGACGGCUGGACCCGCAUCCGGAGGAGCGAGGACGAGGAGGGCUACGUCCCCACUUCCUACGUCCAAGUCUAUUUGGACAAAAAUGCCAAAGAUCCCUAAACGUGGUGCCCGCGAGUCACAGCCUCGGGUGAGCCUUCUCGGAGGGACGGCGGGGUCUUUCCGUCCCCCCAGGCCCCAGCGCCCGCCCCAGCCGCGCCAGUCUCCACCCACAGCCGCCUGCCACCCCCUCCUCCUCUCUCCACAGCGCUGCCCCUCAGGGCCUCAGCUGUGUCCCUCUGGGGCCCCCAGUCCACCCGGGGCUCACCGUGGCCCGUCCCCCCCCCCCCCCCGCAUUUCACACUGUGCCUUUUGUGGGAACCCUGCCGCUGGUCUCCUGGGGACUAGGGGGGCUGGACGCACACGGGGCGGAGUAGCCCAGGCCGCUGUUUACGUUAGCAAACUUACCCUCCCCCAUGCCUGGUGAGUAUCCCGCUCUCUGGGUCUGGGCUCGCACUGGGUGCUUGGUGCUGGCCCUCUGGCCCUGUUCCGGCCCGGGAGCACCUGCGUGGGCGCUGGGCGUGCAGCCCUGGUUCAGAGGCCUGGGAGCGGCCGCACUGAACAUCGAGUUCCAGCUCCCGGGCGACCUGCUUCCUGGCCUGGGUCUGCCUCUCCCAGGAGCAUCCGGCCUGCUCGCCCCCACCAGGCAUGGUCUCCCCGUUGCAAAGUGAGGUUCCUCUUCCAGCGAGUCCCAGUACCAGCGUCCUGGGGCUUCGGCAUGGGCACCUCCGUGUGACCCCGUAGCCACCACUCCUGCAUUCCACCCCCACCCCACCCCGGGCCCUGUAGAAUUAGAGGGGGCCGCUUUCCUCCCCCUGUGGAUCUUUGGCGGGGUCCCUGGCCCUGCUGGGGGCAGAACUGGCCAGAGAGAAGGAACACCCCGCACUGGAAGCCCGAGGGUGGGGCCAGAAUCCUCAUUCUUCUGUUUGUCCUUGGUAACCUUGGCGACCACGCGCUGCCUCCAGCACCCUGAGUCUAAGACUGUGGAGCUGUGGGCACAGCAGUCCCACAGCGCCGGGGACUCCAUGCAAGGGGAAGACGGUGAGGAGGAAGUGGCUUUGGGUUUAAGCAGUGAGCCUACAGGCGCUGAAAACCGCGGAGAGACCUGAGGGCUUCUCCCGGGGCCCUGCCGUGCGGCCUCGCUGCAGUCACUGGAGAGGACGAACCCACACCAGCAGGUCAGGGUGACGGCAUGGCCGGCCUCUGUCCCUGUGGAGCAGCAGGUGCACGGCGACCACGCUGCUGCCGGCAGCGCCACGAAGGGCUCCGCCCCCCCCCCCCACGCCAGGGAUGCUGAGUGGGUCCUGGAAGCUUCGGCACUGCAUGGCGUGCACCUCAUCUUGGUCGAGGGUCGGGACCGACACAGCCCUUGGCCGCCGCCGCUCAUCCUGCCGCUCGUCCUGCCGUCAGUCAGACCUGGUGCAGCAUAGCCUGUGCCCUCUCCUGGCCCCCAGGCCGCCUUUGGUUCAUUCGCUUCAGGUCAUCUGGACCCUUCCCCCACCCUCCAAAAAAGCGAGCGGGUCUCUGGCGCUGGCUCGCGGCUGGGGGGGGAGGGGCCGAGCCCCCGGGCUGGGCGUAGGAAAUGUGCUCUGACGGUGGAGAUGGAGCGCUCACUCCGUGGAUCCUACUGUGAAAUCUGUGCCGUGGAGCGGCUCACGCAUCCCAGGCGCGUGGGGCUCCCCGUGACCACCGCCCUCCGUGUAUCUGCCGCCCGCCGCCUGUCCGCCCGCCGCCUGUCCGCCCGCCGCCAGCAGCGCUGUGAGAAUGACGACCUUGAAAGGAAACUGCCUUGGAACUGAGCUGAACACAAGGCGAAGGGGAGGAACUUGUGCCCGGUUUCUCCUUUGCAGGAUGGGAAAAAAAACCUUUUUUUUUCAAGGCGUGGGAAGCUGUGAUGGGAUUCUCCAGUGUUCUCAGCUGGGCUCCUCCUGCACAGGCGCCCGUGGCUGCCGGGACUCGCGUGGCACAAAGCCCCCGAUGCCUUGGGGAACAUCUGGGACGAUAAAGUUUACACAACAGUGAGGUUAUGUUCCUACUAAGUCUUUUUCCAGAAAGUUCGGUUUGGCUUGCCUCCCGUGCUUAGGUCAUCUGAAAACUUUGUCUAAAAAAAAGACCCAGAAUUCCAUGUUAACCUGUGUCGAGCACCUUCGGACGCCUGUGUGUGUCGGGGGCGGCCCCAGCCUGGCCCACUGUCGGAGUACAGUGCUUCCCAGGGGGCCACUGCUGACCGUGUGUUAAUCCACGUGUUCAAUAAAAGGUGACGUCUGUCCUAGGACCCCGGGACUGCUGUGUUGC